AUGGACUUCGGAUCGAAAUAUAUUUAUAAGUACGCACAUUCGGAGUCAGAAUCAGUGUCCGAUGAUGACGGAGAUCCUGAAAACGAUGCAGAUCCGUUGUUUAUACCCCGAAUUAAAUCGCGCGAAGACAAAACGGAGAGUAAAGACCAAAAACAAGUUGCAAUAGUAGCGGACAAAUCACUGAAACGAAAACGUUUACGUAAACCAGAUACCAAUGUUCUCAGCGUUAAAUUUAAUCGAUUACUUCAGCCAAGUGAAAUGCACGCGGGUGAUCCUGUUUAUUGUAUAGAAUGUCAAGCCAUUACUUCACAUUUGAGUCAAAUUCAAAUUGAGAAAUCAAACUCCGACGAAACAGAAUCCAAAUGGCAUUGUGAAUUUUGUCCGCAUGUCAAUACAGUUGAUAUUGAGCAAAGUGAUAUACCUAAACAAGAAGAUGCCACGUAUUUACUUACACCAGCUCCUGUUGUUCACGGGUCAGAUAUGACUGGUGUCGACGAUUCGAUGGUCUUCUUCCUUAUUGAUAUUAGCGGUUCGAUGUCAUCGACAACAUUAGUACACGGCGCUUUCAAUUUACCAAACGCGCUGAGGCAACAAGAACGGGCAGCAGAUGCAUUUGGUGGUGCUCAAAUGGUUCGACACCGUAAUCAAACAUAUGUCACUCGAUUGCAAGGUGUCCAGAUGGCUGUAGCUGCGAAUUUAGACAAGCUUGUUAAAGAUACACCGACCAAACGUGCUUUGCUGUUGACAUUUAACCAUGAAAUUACUUACUAUGGCGAUGGUGCGAAGGAUGAACCAUUAGUUAUCCGUGGUGAUAAGUUGAAUAGUGGUGAGGAUUUAUUACAUGAAGCGGAGAAAGAAUUGAAUAGCGAAAUGAGAGCUGUAUCACAAACGAAAACGAAAUUAACUGAACGUGUCUAUGAUCUUGAAGAAGGUGGACAAACAGCACUUGGCCCAGCUGUGAUUUUCGCGCUUAAUAUCGCAUCAAAACGUCAAGGCUCGAAAAUAGUUAUUUGUACUGAUGGCUUAGCGAAUCGAGGUUUAGGUAAUUUGGAAAUUGCACAAGAUGGAAAGGUGGAUGAAACUGCUAAAAUCCAAGCACUUCAUGACGGAAAUCAGUUCUAUGCAGAAGUGACCGAACGCGCUCGAGACAAAGGUGUAAGCAUAUCCGUGAUCACUAUUAAAGGUACUUCAUGUCUAUUACCUGUUAUUGGGCAAAUGGCGGAUGGUACGGGUGGUAAUGUAACAAUUGUAGAUUUAUUGAAUAUACGUGAUGAAUUUGCUUCAAUUCUGGAGCAAGAAGUGAUUGCGACCAAUGUCGAAGCCACAUUAGUUCUCCAUCGUGGUUUGUACAUUCGAAAUCCCAAUGAUUCCGAAGAGAAACUUUGUAUGAUCAAACGCACAAUUGGAAACGUAACAAAGCAUACUGAAAUAACAUUUGAAUUCGGUGUGAGAAAUAAACAAGAGGUUAAAGAAAAAUAUAAUAUUGACUUGGAUCAAUUGCAACAAUUACCAUUUCAAGUUCAAGUUACGUAUACAGCAGCGGAUGGUAGCAAAGCAUUACGUGUUUUAACACAACUAAAAGAAACAACGGUUGACCGAGAAGUAGCAGAAGAAAAUGCUGUGCGAAGUAUUAUUGCAGAAAAUCAUAUUCGAAGUACAGCAAAUGAUAUGAUGGUCGCAAUAUCUGACGAGGAGGAGUUUGAUGGAACUCACGCAUGUUCUAAAUGGUCAACACCUGUCGUACAAAAACAACGUUUAGCUUAUAUGGAUAAAUUGAAUUCGAAAAUACGAUCUCGUGGAUUUGACGCAACGGAUCAAUUCAACGAAAGACGUUGGCAUAAAGCCAGUAAUGAUUUGCAAUCGCAAGUUAUUUCCUCAAGAUCCCGAAAGGCAGCGACUUCAUCUCAAAUGUCAGCCAUUGCAGCACCACCAUUACCAGUGGCAGCUUCCACGUCAUCUGGCGAAUCGAUCUUUGGUGCAAUUGGAAAUCACGUCUCGCGUAUUUUUGCUAAAAAACCUACAACCGAAUCAUCAAACGAAUGUGCUAUCGUUCCUGCAUCAACGUCGCGUGUACUUACGAAGCGUAGUUAUGGUUUUGCCACAACGAAUUUAAGUCACUUUUCCGAUCAAAAUUCCGAACAUCUUUUCCGUUAUAAAAAUAUCUCAUCAGACUACAUGCGGGAAAUCAGUCCAACUCGAGAGGAGAACGACGAUGGUCAACCUGCUGUUGAAUCCAACGAUAUACGUGCAAACAAUAUCCACCGAUCAGCAGCUCCCGUGCAUCCUUCGAGAACAGAUCAUUUUGCUUCAAGACGAAGCAAUGCACGUGCAGACACUACUCAGAAUGAUGAACAAUAG